AUGCACGCAGCCAGCCUUCGCAGCUCCGCUUGGUUUUUGGGCUGGAUUUCCUCUUUGAGCUCGGCACGUCCCAUGCCGCCAAAGCCUGGUGGUUGUCUCGAAAGAGGAUGGUCAGCUGAGCCGAUUGCACAUGCGGACCGAAUGUGGGAAAGUAGGAGUUGGGGGCGCAGGAAGCGGACGGGAGGGAGGAGAACGUGCCCACGGAUCAGCCGACGCACGCUGGUCCCGUCUGGAGAGGAUGGAAGCCAAGGGAUGGGUGCAGCGAUUCAUGCGCGGGCGAGUGGAACCACGGCUGUUGCGGUACAGGGGGCCGACGACGCAUCGAGUCGCAGCGCUUCACUUCUCGGCGCCCUUUCCAUUCGCUGCUUGGCUGCACUUCGCGCUCCGCCGCGCGCUCAACAUCUGGUGGCGCCUCGCUCGGUGUCGGUCACCUUUGAAAUUGCGCAGCGGAACAUCCUCUUCCUGCUCUCCUCGCUCGCCUUCCCUUUUCUUCGCGUUCUUUUCUUCUUGGGGCGAAUCUCGCAUGCAGCCUCGCAGGACUUGAAAGUGAAACAGCUGUUGACUGCCGCCGAUGUACCGCGUUCUUCGAUUCGAUCCUCCGACUUCAAGACGCAAGGCAGCUCUACCCACCACGCGCUCGUUCCUUACAUGAUGCAUGUGUUCACUCCAAGAAUCUCGCGCGCAGCGUCUUUUUCAUGGCCGGUCUUGGCAGCGAUACAAUGCAACAUGGUCUCGUGGCAUCAUGCUUGUCAAGGACGAGACAUGACUGUACCACCCACGUCAAACAAUGGCACCACCCAUGAGCUGUACUCCAUGCAAGCUGCAGCCCUGUACAAGCGUGACAGUUUCCAUGUUGCGAUCUUGGGUCGAGCGUACCAACUGUUGAUGUUCAACCGUUCGCUGCACAGUUUGACCGAACGAAAAGAGGUGCAGUCGGGUGUCUGUCGGAGUUGCGGUGCAAGUCACAGAAGCCAGACGGCAAUGCUGUGUCCGGGCAGCCUGGCGGUUCGGGCCACCAUGGAAGCGAAGGCGCAACUCAGCUGGCUGAGUUUUCUGCUCGGCCCGGUUUUUUUUGGGCCGAGGGAUAACACGGAGCAGAAGGCUCCGGCAGCGAAACAAGUUGAUUCUGGGGCGACAGUGCCCGACUUUGUCCCCUCCCCCGACGAUUGCAUGCCGUCGCAGGCCCUGGGCCUCAGCGCCAAGUUCUAUCGAACGCCGAGGCAAUCUGACAUCAGAGAUAACGGCAACGACGCCGUGCCGCAUCAAACACCGGCUGAAGCGAGGAGCGGUCAGAUUGAUCGACGCGAAUGGGCAGUGCGGCUGCUCAAUUUGGAUCGGAUGGGCGCCGACGAAGAACGUCAGCGGACCAUCGCGGAAUCUCCGACGGAAGCGGGAUGGCAAGGCAGCAACGAGGCAGUAUCUUGGGCCGUCACGGCAUUGGAACCGCCUGCACGUGUAGUGGGUCACACUUCCCAGCUAGGCGAGGCGUGCAUGCCCGCUACGGCUGCCGAUGCAACACCACAGCCAACGACGGAGCUCGAAUUGGCAUCGUCUGCCUGGCCAGUCAUCAAUUGCCAAACGUGGCUCCGGAGUCCAGUCAAACUGGCGCCUUUCCGCUGCAAGCCACAGCUCGCUUCCACUCCUCCGAGCCGCACCCAGAUCUGA